AAUAGUCGAAAUCUUUCUAGGUGUCUGGUUGGAUGUUUGUGGUUUCAGAUUAAUACCCCGUGGUUACAACAGCUGCGAGCUGCGUUUUCUCGGUUACGGUAAAGUGCAGCGGUUUUUCGGUGGUGUUUUCUAUCUGAUCUCCAUUCUAAACACGGCUAGAUUGAUCCGUGGCCAGAAAGUGAUAUCGAGUUCGGUGCUGUAGAAGAUCUUACUGCGUAAAACUCAUUGCAGGCAAAGCAUAGCGCAACGGUCAGCGAAACUAAACCACACGAUUCGCAGUUUCGCCUCAGUUUAUCCAGGUAAAGUGUACAAUACUGGCUUCCCCGACGGUGUCGAUUUCAUCUGUAGUGCAACAGGAGGCUAAAGAAGGUUCUGGAAACAGAAUGUCUCGUAAACGACCCCGUGAAAUAGCACUCUCGUCGACGGGCCGUACGGCCACCGAUGAUUCUGUCACACUGGACAUUCCUCCGAGUGAAGAGCUAUCGUCGGGUGAUGGCCAGCAACAUCAGAACAAUGCACGAACCAACGGUGGGGAUGUGAGCAAUGGUAGCAGUGGUGGUGCAGUAACAAAUAAACGCUUCAGCAGUAUUCGCAUCGAGGACGAUGGAAUGGAAACCGGUAUGGGUGAUAAUUGCUGGCCACCCAAUCAGGAUAGCUCACGGAAUGGGCGUAUGCAUUUCGAUUCUCAACCGUCAACAUCCACGAAACCGGCCUCGCUGUCCACUUUGUCCAGUCAACUAGGAAGUGGAGUCGAGCAUAGUCCUCCGGUUACAAUCUGCAAACCGGCACCGUACUCGGACGAGCUGGAUGCGGUUACCGAACGGGAUCGGUGUGAUUAUGACCAGAAGAUUACCUACCAGAUGGCCCGGAACGGAACGGCACCGCGAAGGAUUCGAGUCUACGCCGACGGUAUUUACGAUCUAUUCCACCAGGGCCAUGCCCGGCAGUUGAUGCAGGCUAAGAAUGUGUUUCGCAACGUGUAUCUGAUUGUUGGCGUGUGCAACGAUGAGUUAACGCACAGCAGGAAGGGCCGCACGGUUAUGGACGACGACGAGCGGUACGAGGCGGUGCGACACUGUCGCUAUGUUGACGAGAUCGUCCGUGAUGCCCCCUGGGAGCUGGACGACGAUUUCCUCGAGCGGCACAAGAUUGACUUUGUCGCUCACGACGAGAUACCGUACAGCUCGGAUGAUUGCAACGACAUCUACGCUAACAUCAAGGCCCGUGGUAUGUUUGUGGCGACGGAGCGCACCGAGGGCGUCAGCACGUCCGACAUUGUUGCCCGGAUCGUCAAGGACUAUGACAUCUACGUGCGGAGAAAUCUCGCCCGCGGGUACACAGCCAAAGAACUGAACGUGUCGUUCCUGUCGGAGAAGAGAUUCCGCUUCCAGAACAAGAUGGACGAGCUGAAGGAUAAGGUGAAAAAGGGCAAGGGUGACAUCAUUAGCAAGUGGGAGGAGAAAUCGUCGGAUAUCAUUCGCACAUUCCUGCUGAUGUUUGGCAAGGACAGCAGAAUCUCAAACUUUUUGUCCGACUCGCAGCGGAGGAUAAGGUCGGCCCUGAGCCCCCCGGGAAGUCCGCAUGGGGGCAGCAACAGCAGUUUGCACGGAUACGGCGACGACGAGGUCGAUAGUCCCGAUUCGGUUCUGGAUUCGCCUCCAAUGAAGCGCUCGAAUUUGCUGCGAUCGAGAAGUCAGCUGCCGGAAACCGAUGAUGAAGUGGAUGGCAAUAAUGAUGAGGAAGAGGACGAGGAAGAAGAAGAGGAUGAGUUUGCGGACUCACGCUCACAGCCCAAUUCCAGCUACAAUCUGGCCGCGAUGGUCAAUGGUCAUAAUGGGCAGCACUAGGCAAUCAUGCCGGUAUUUUGUAGCUUUUGUCUUUGUAGUAAUGGCGCUGUAAUACGAAAGAGCACCGAACCAAGUGGAUUUGUGUGAACGGUACCGGAUACUGAGGGAAUCUUUGACUUUCAAUCGCAGAACUAGACUGGAACGUUUACCCGCUGAUGGGAUAAUAAUUCUAAUGGAAUAUUAAAUUAGAGACAAAUUUGUGUGCGCGCGAGUGGGUCGGGAUAGUAGCUAUGUUUCCUGCAUAUAUUUAUUUAAUAUUAUCCCAUUUGUAGAGGCAUGGCAGCCUUUGUCGAUAGCAGCCAGUAGAUUUGAUUUGAGCUUAAGAAGGUUGCUUUCAAUUUGUUUUUGUUUCACAGCUAUAUUUGUUGCUUUAUAUUUUUCGUUCAUUUUUCAAAAUUUCAUCUAGUUCUAGCAUUUAGAAAUAAAAUUCGCAAAUUUGUAUUGAUUAUUAUUUGCAUCGGUAUACUUAUUUAACGCUAAUUUAUCCAAAUAAUCGUUAAUGGUACGAAUUACAAUCUAAAUAUUCCUAUCUCGAACUGAUGAUUAGGAAGCACACAAUGAAAUAUAAAUUAUUAUUAUAAUACUAAUCGAAUUGAAAAGGCUGUUUCGUUUUCCCCUUUUUACAACUGUAGCCGAGAGGUUUAAUCACUGAGGUAGUUUCAUUCGCUGAUGUGAGUUCUAGAAUGACUGCGACAAACAGUUAUACUAUUCCCAUUCAUUAUUGGUGUAAAAAACAGAAAACGUUUGACAUGUUCUAAGUUGAGAAUUUUCACAAUCCGUCAUUCCAAUAAUGUUUCGAAUCUUACUAUUUAAUAACAAUUACUAACCUGCAGAAGGGCAGACAAUUUUUAUACGGGAUUUCAUAUUUAUCAACGUCCAACUAGUACUUUUUCUAUUAGAUUUGUGGGCACCAGCUGCCGUUUGAAAAAAAAACUAUGUAUACUCCAUUUCCUCUUUCCAAUUCCCCGAAGGAUGCCCUUUGAAGUGCAACAGAAUGGAUGGACAAUGUAUUGCUCGAACUGCUGUAUAAACCAAAGAAAGGUUUGGUUACUUUUUAAGGUGAAAAGGCAAGGUUUUGGCCAACGGAACGGCAGAGUGAAACGAAAUAAACAAGUUAACGUGUUCAGUGCUGUUAGACAUAAGUAGUUUUUGGGAGUCAACCCUUCGUUGAUAGACGAAAGAGGCUCGUUACACAAAAGUUGUUGACAUAAUUGAUACACACUCGAUUACGGUUACAUGUACCGAGCUGUACUCGGGACAUAAUUUACUUGUAUUGGAUCAGUUUAGAUGCUGUCGUAGGCGGUAGAUUGUUUGCAAAAUUCACUAAUCUAUUCAUCAAAUUAAACAAAAACAACGGUCGUAACAGUAUUGGAAGCAAAAUAAACAUGUUAUACACA